UCCCUCACUUGGAGAGUCGGCGGGGCUCACGUCAGUGCGAGAGCGAGCGCGAGACAUAGACCACUGCCCUGGCGAACGAGAGAGCCAGCCCGUGCUGAGAGAGUUAAAAGUUGAGAGACUCGGCGUGUCGGCCAGGCCACCCACCGGCGUCGAAUGUGCUGAAGAGUCGGCGACGUCGGCCGCCGGCAUAACACACCCUAACCCACCCACCCACCCCCGCCGAACGGGAGCAGAGAGUGCAAACAGAAUAAUUAUUUUCUAAUCAGUGAUGUGGCUGGAGAACGCGGUGCCGGUGCUGAUGCUGCUGGCGCUGCUCGGCGCCGCCGGCGCCGCCCGCGGCCCCAAGAACAUGCCGCCGCUGCAGGAGGAGCCGACCAGGAAGCGGCCCGUCAUCUCCACAGAAUGCCAGUUCGGCAAGCAGCUUUAUGAACUGGGACAGACGUGGAAUGCAGACCUGGGCCCGCCGUUCGGAGUGAUGUACUGCAUUCGCUGUAGCUGCGUCGCCGUGCAGAAGAAGCGACGCAUCGUGGCCCGCAGCCAGUGCAGGAACAUCAAAAACGAGUGUCCCGUGCCCAGCUGCGACGAACCAGUCCUCCUCCCCGGACGCUGCUGCAAAGUCUGCGAGGCCGACCUCAAAAAUAGUCCAGACGUGGCGCAGGACAUUCCGCACCACACGAUGACCGAGGAGGCCGAGAGGAACCUCAAAGGCUUUGCUGCGAUCCUGACGGGACGGACGUCACUGCGCGAGUUGAACACUCGUUCCGUGGCAACUGCCCGGUUCAACUUCCACAAGAAGAACCUGUACUACUCGGUGGUGUACUCGGCCGAUAUGGCGCGGCCCAAGGCCAUCCACUUCCUGGACAGUGAGGGCGCCAUCCUGGAGGAGCAGCUGCUAACCGACAACGCGUACCGCAACGCCAGCGGCAAGGUGUGCGGCGUGUGGUGGCGCGUGCCGCGCGCCUACCGACAACUCCUCCGAGACGAGAAGGUGCACAUCGCUCUUCUGACGGACCCACCACCGCUGCCAGGCAUCGCGGACGAGCCUCGCGCCCUUGGCGGUCAGGUGGCGCGAUACAAGGGCCUGAACACCGAGCUGUUCUCGGCAUUGCUGCAGGCGGCACCAGAGAACCCGGCUCGCGGCGUCGGUGGCACUGCCAUCGUCACCGCAUCGUCCAGCGCACCCAGCAUCCACCUGAGCGUCGUCUUCAGCGGCGCCUUCUCACCAGAUGACGUCGCUGACGUGCCGCUCGUGGUGCGAUUGGUCAACGACAAGCAACAGACGGUGCUCGAUGAGGUCAUCAGGAUCCACAAACCUAGUCAUGAGCUGAACACGCUGGAGGUGCGUUCGGCCGUGAAAAACGGCGAUUUGCGGCUGCUGGCGCGCAGCAAGUUGCAGCUGAUCGUGCAGUCGAAGCACCACCCUGAGUACAGGCUGCAGGGCGAGGUGACGGUGCGCAUCGGCUGCGACAUGUUCCAAGCGAGCCUGUCGGCGGCCGAGGCGGACGACGCCGAGGUGGCCGACCACGCGGCCACCACGGCCUCGGGACUGGCCUGGAUGUACCUGACGCGCGAUGGCUCGCUCCUCUACAACGUGCGGCUGGACGACGCGGACGCGGCCGUCACCGGGGUCCACCUGGUGGCCGGCAAGGGCCGCGGCCGCCGCCAGGAGCUCGAGGACCUGACGCCGCACUUCGCGGCCGGCUGGGCCAACGGCUCCGUCGACCGACUCACGCCCCGCGAACUCGAGCAGCUCUACGCCGGCGAACUCAGUCUCAGCGUCGCCCUCGGCACCGCUGGCGCCGUCCGCGGCCGCCUCUCGGCCCACCCGGCCGCCGACCCCCGCCUCGUCGACGCCCCCCUGCUACUCAAGCGGCCCGACCUCAAAACGCCUGCCACCUCCGUCGGCCUCGCCUGGGUCACCGUCGACAAGGACUGCAACCUGCUCUACGAGAUCUCUAUCGUUGGGCAUGGACUGGAACAGCGACCGCUGGAGCUUUACGUGGAGGACAUCCCCGUGCUUGCCCCGAACGCGCCUGUUUCCAGGAAGAAGGUGGUCGAAUUCUACGGGCCCGUCGUCGAGGGUUUCGCCAUUGGGCUGAACGAUAUCGAACUUUCCAGACUGCAUUCGGGCAUGUCGUUCUUGAACGUGGUCGACCAGAAAACUAACACAACUGUCCUGCAAACGCGAAUUGAAACGUUACGCGUGCCAGAGACGUGUUUACCACACGUGUCCGACAACGACCUGCCGCGGCAGCAAGGGGAGUUUAUCAGUCCACCGGACCACUCGUGCUUCUACGAGAACCGCUUCUACAAAGAGGGCGAACUCUGGAGGGCCGGCAGCGACGUGUGCACGCUAUGCAGCUGCAAGAACGACCGUCCGGCGUGCGAGGCGAUGCCCUGCCCGCCGACGAACUGCCCUAACCCCACCAAGAAGCGCGGCGACUGCUGCCCAUCGUGCUACAAUGUUUCGAUGGUGAAUGAGGAGAACAGAGGCUGCCAGCUAGGUGGGUUGUUCCACCACGCAGGGAGCACCUGGUACCCAUUCCUGCACCCCAACGGCUUCGACAAGUGCACACUAUGCACCUGUGACGAGGUGACAAACCAAAUUCGAUUUGAGCGGCAGAAGUGUCCACCGCUGUCCUGCCCGGAGAGCCAGGCGUACAGACCGGACAAGAGUUCAUGCUGCAAGGUGUGCCCGCCGAGCAAGGUGCCGCCGCUGAUGGCCAUUCCUCCCACCGAGCAGCAGGACGAGACCAAGUGCUCUCAAGAAAUCCUCAAAUAUGGCGGCUGCUCGAACAGGAACGAGAUCUACAUCAACGGCGAGAGGUGGCACCCGAUGUUACUGCCCUACGGCAAAGACAAAUGCGUCACUUGCCAGUGCAAGGACGGCAAGGUGACCUGCUCGAGGAAGGAGUGCUCACAGUGCCGACGGAAAAGCCUAUCGAAAGACGACGAGUGCUGCAAGCAGUGCCGGAGACACAAGGUGAAGAGCGGCGCGAAGAGGCACAGUUGAAGAGAUGGUGCUCAGGCUGGAUCUCGGCGAGCGCCAACACAAGACUGAAGGACUAAGCAAGGAGGCUAUUUAUUAAUUAGAGGACGAGAUGAGAGUGAAUGCAUACACGUCACACUUGAUAAAUAUAUAUAUAUUACAAACUCACACACACACGAGUCGAGUUGCACACACACAACACACACACACACUUACACACAUGCGAGAGGAGAAUGCAGAAUCUUCAGUUACGCUUAUUACUAUCCACACACCCACCACCACCACCCCCUCGGACGGUUGUUUUGAUUUUUACUGUACGCGAGAAUCUCUCACCCCCCGCCCAGCGCAACCAGCAGAGAUGCAGUGACUCUGAGACUUAUUUUUCUACGUGCGGUGAUGCUACACAUAAUAAUAGUAAUUAUUAUUGUAAUAAUGUAUUCUAAGUUUAAGCGUGUGCGGCCAGAAACGGCCGAGGUUGUGCCAUUUUUCCUUUUUGUUGCGAUCUAUGUAAGCUGCAAUCGACGAUUUUGCGUCUCACAACGAAACAAUUCAACAUCCGCGGAAGUAAUUUUUAUUUUCUGCAUUAAACAUUAGUGUUCUAUUGGUGCUCAAUUGGAGAGACUAAAAAUUGUGUUAUUUAGCUAAUUUAUUGACCAAUCCGAUGAUGAUGAUGAUGAUAGUCGUCCGCCACCCUCGUUUUUUUUGCAAUCACUUGACCUCAAUUGUCGAUUUAAUUAAUGUAUUGUGUCACUUGUGUAUAUUAUGUACCUGCUAAUCAUUCUACCCGGAAGAAAAAGAAAUGCGCCGUCGCCAAAGGCCAAUCACGUCAUGCUAGUCAUGCCUAAUAAAGUAGGGCGCUUCUGGUGUGUUUUUUUCUUUCGCGGCAGUGGCUUCAUUUUUUUGUAUCAAACACACACACACACAAACACACGCGUAUAUCUUUUCAGCGAUAUAAUAUGCUCUAACAAACACACUCAUGCCGACUCACAAAAAAUAAACGCAUGCAGAGAAAAAGAACCUCUUUCGGUGUCCUCUUGUGAAUUUCCUCUCAACACUUCGGACCUAAUAUAAUGGAUGUUUUAGGAAAAAAAAUAAGAAAUUGUAAAGCGCAAAGAAAUUUUAACUGUUGUAAAAUAGCCCAAAAUUAAGCUGACAUACUGCUGCGCUGCAUAUUAUAUAAAUAUAUGAAAAAAGAUGUGUAUAAUAAAGCGAACUAUUAGCAUGUGCACAAAGCGAGUAUUACGAGAAGAUAAUAAUGCGAUGAAAUAUUGUUUUAUCGAUGUAUAUGCAUAUUACAUGCGCUUGUAAGGUAAAAUACAAAUAAUAAUAAUAUAAUAAAGCAGAAAUGAGUAAUAAUCGCCUCAAAACGAAA